CUGUUUUGUAACUUUGACAGGAAACCAACGGAGAGGGAAACUAGUACUUAAGAUCAUUUAUAUUUGUGACAUUAGUGGAUGUGCUAGUGGACUAAACCCUCCUGCAGAGACGCGCGCGCCCCCACCGCCCCUGGUUCGGAGGUCCAGCCUUCAGGGUUAAUCAUUUCUGCACGCGAGUUUAAAACCAGAGAACAUCAGAGCCCAGGCCACACCGCGCGACCUUACAUCACCUCGUUUCUCCUUCCAGCCCGCCUGGGUCCGCACGGUUCAACUUUCCUGCACCGACCGUUAAACUAAAGAUGAACCCCGGCGGCGGAUCACGCAGCGGGAGGACUUUCCUGUUCACGUCGGAGUCCGUGGGAGAGGGACACUCCGAUAAAAUGUGUGAUCAGAUUAGUGAUGCUGUGCUGGAUGCGUACCUGAGUCAAGACCCUGACUCCAAAGUGGCCUGUGAAUGUGUUGCAAAGACGGGCAUGAUUUUACUAGUUGGAGAAGUGACAUCAAAAGCCGUCGUGGACCUUCAGUCUGUGGUCCGAAACACAGUGAAGAGGAUCGGCUACGAUGACUCGUCUAAAGGGUUCGACUAUAAGACUUGUAACUUGUUGGUGGCACUGGAGCCACAGUGUGUGGAAAUAUCCGACUGUGUUUUUGAGGGCCGGGAUCAGGAGGACAUCGGUGCAGGGGACCAGGGUCUGAUGUUUGGCUACGCUACAGAUGAGACUGACGAGUGUAUGCCUUUAACCAUCCUUCUGGCUCACAAGCUCAACUACAGAAUGAGGGAGCUGUCACGCAACGGCGAGUGUCCAUGGAUACUACCAGACUCCAAAACACAGGUCACAGUGGAGUAUGUUGACAACAUGGGAGCCAUGGAGCCACUGCGGGUUCACACUGUGGUCAUCUCAGUACAACACAGUCCUGAUAUUAGCCUAGAGGAGAUCAGGCGCAACCUGAGGGAGAAAGUGAUAAAGGCUGUCAUUCCUGCCAAGUACCUGGAUGAAAAGACAAUCUACCAUCUACUGCCAAGUGGGAAAUUUCUCAUUGGAGGUCCACAGGGCGAUGCAGGCCUGACAGGACGUAAAAUCAUUGUGGACACUUACGGAGGAUGGGGCGGGCAUGGAGGAGGGGCCUUCUCUGGGAAAGAUUACUCUAAAGUGGAUCGGUCAGGGGCUUACGCAGCACGCUGGGUUGCCAAGUCUCUGGUCAAAGCUGGGCUGUGCAGGAGGGUCCUUGUCCAGAUCUCAUAUGCUAUCAGUGUGAGCCAUCCACUGUCCAUCUCAGUGUUCCACUACGGUACUUCACAGAGGGAUGAAGAUGAGCUGCUGCAGAUUGUGCAAAAGAACUUUGAUCUGAGACCUGGAGUCAUAGUGAAAGAGCUGGGCCUGAAGAGGCCAAUUUACCAGGCCACUGCCUGCUACGGUCACUUUGGAAGAGCGGAGUUCCCCUGGGAAAAGCCAAAGCCUCUGGUGUUUUGAGUCUGGGGGUUGAAGACAUUCAAACCAUGUCUUAUUAAUGAUUCCUCAAACAAUACUUCUAUGACUUUUAAAAUUGUGUAAUUGAAAGCAUAAAUGUCUUGUGUGAUUUCUGACCUUAAACUGUGCAAAGGUAGGGGUCAGUACCUUUAAUAAUAAAUGACCUUUGAUUUAUUUCUAUCUUUUUGUAACAAAGCAAAUGUUUUAGGAACGAUUUUUAAUACAAACUAGUAUGCAAUGAUUUUAAGGUGCUAUAUUUGGAACACCACUGUCAAAAUAAAAAAAAUAAAAAAAUCUUGUUUGUAAGAAAUUCCAAAUAUGCUG